UUUGAUCCACAUGAUUUGUACACCGGAGAACAGUUCUCCAAAGUCCUGAGUACAUUAACAGCUGUAAAUAAAGCUACUGAAGAUCAGCUGUCAAAAGGGCCAUGUUCACAUCUAUUGUCUCUUAGCUCUGCGGCUGGAGGUCCCCACGCUGACUCCAACAGCACAGCUUCACAAUCAGCGAGGGUGUUAAGGAGACAGUCCAAGCCUGUGGAGAUGACCGAGAAUGGCAGUCAUCAGCUGGUGGUAAAGGCCAGGUUCAAUUUUAAGCAGACCAAUGAGGAUGAACUCUCUGUUAACAAAGGAGACAUUAUUUAUGUCACCCGGGUUGAAGAAGGGGGCUGGUGGGAAGGGACCUUGAAUGGAAAAACAGGCUGGUUCCCAAGCAACUACGUCAGAGAAAUCAAAUCUGCCGAUAAACCACUCUCUCCCAAAGCAUUAAAAGGACUUGAAAGCACUCAGCUGACAAAGAAUUAUUACCCUGUGGUGUUGCAAAAUAUUCUGGAAACAGAACGAGAUUAUGCGAAGGAACUACAGUCACUUCUGGGAACUUACUUAAGACCCCUCCAGUCUUAUGAUAAGCUCAGCGCCGUGGACAUUGCGUCAUUGCUGGGAAAUGUGGAAGAAAUCUCUGCAUUUCAGCAAACACUGAACCAAGCCUUGGAAGAAGUUGCAAAGCUCCCUGAGAACCAGCAGCGCGUGGGAGGCUGUUUCAUGAACCUGAUGCCCCAGUUCCGCUCCCUGUACCUGACGUACUGUGCUAACCACCCGUCAGCAGUCAACGUCCUCACGCAACACAGUGAUGAGCUGGAGAAGUUCAUGGAGAGCCAGGGUGCAGCCAACCCAGGCAUUCUCAUCUUAACCACGAGCCUCAGCAAACCCUUCCUGAGGCUGGAUAAAUAUGUGACACUGCUGCAGGAGUUGGAGCGGCACAUGGAGGAGGCGCAUGCAGAUCAUGAAGAGGUUUUGAAAGCCGUCACAUCCUUCAAGUCCCUUGUGUCACAAUGCCAGGAGCUGCGGAAGAGGAAACAACUCGAACUGCAGAUCCUUUCUGAAUCCAUCCAGCGUUGGGAAGGAGAGGACAUAAAAACAAUGGGAAACAUCAUCUACAUGUCUCAGGUUAUGGUACAGUGUGGGGGAAGUGAGGAGAAGGAAGAGCGAUACUUCUUGUUGUUUUCAAACGUUUUGCUGAUGCUGUCUGCAAGCCCACGGAUGAGUGGGUUCAUCUAUCAGGGAAAGCUGCCUUUGACAGGAAUGACACUGACAAAGCUGGAAGAUGCUGAAGGGAACGAGCACAUGUUUGAAAUUGCAGGGAACAUGACGGAGCGGAUCACUGUGUCCUGCAGCACCAGCCAGGACUUGCACGAUUGGCUCGACCACUUGCAAAGGCUGACCAAAGGGAUGUGCAACACUGUAUCCAAAACACAGUCCUGGAGUGCUCAUUCGACAUUUAGUUCAGCUGGACAGAUCCGUGGGCCUCUGGAACCCCCCAAAAUCCUCAAGCCCUGGAGCUUGAGCUGCCUCCGUCCUGCUCCUCCACUCAGACCAUCGGCAGCGCUGAGUUACAAAGAGAGGAUGUCUUAUAUCUUAAAGGAUUCCAGCAAAAGUCCGAAAACAAUGAAGAAGUUUCUUCCAAAAAGGAAAACUGAGAGAAAACCAUCUGAUGAAGAGUUUGUUAUUCGGAAAAGUACUGCUGCGCUGGAAGAAGAUGCUCAGAUCCUGAAGGUGAUCGAGGCAUACUGUACCGGGGCAGGCUUCCAGCAAGCUCUCAGCUCAGGCUCCCGUAAAGACUCCAUCCCCCAAGUCCUUCUUCCUGAGGAAGAGAAAAUCAUUGUAGAGGAAACACGAAGCAAUGGCCAGACUGUCACAGAGGAAAAGAGCCUUGUUGACACGGUUUAUGCACUGAAAGACGAAGUCAAAGAACUAAAGCAGGAGAACAAAAGGAUGAAACAGUGUUUGGAGGAAGAGCUUAAAUCCAGGAAGGACUUGGAGAAGCUGGUUAGAAGGCUGCUGAAGCAGACGGAUGAGUGUGGCAGGGAGGACACGGGGCGCAAGUCAUCCCUGAUCGCCUGAAUUCGGGGAGAAGCUGCUGGCAGUGGUGUGUGACCUCAGGUGUUUCUUGGGAAGCGGAACUGGAUCCUUUGCCUCUCCUUGCUCCUUAUUUUGUUGGUUUUGGGAAUUUCGUUACCAAAAAAAAAAGUCAUAGAGGAAAAAAAAGAUAGGUUUUCUUCCAUCCAAUAAGGAAAUAAACCAGAAUCAAUCGAUCACAACUAAACCAGUAAGCAAGCGGUCCAUGAUUCACAAUUCAUCUGUGGCAACUAAUACCUCAUCGUACCUGCUACUGGGAGCAAAUACAAACUCUGCUAGCGAUUGCCGCUCACAAAGGGUUUGUCAGCAGUUUCCUAGAGGAAGCUUAAGCACUUUUAAAUGCUUUCAUUCUUUUCAAAAGCACCGGUACCUAUUUAUUGAAUGAAAACAUUAUUGAGGCGGCAUUGAGCAGAA